CUCUUCUUCACUUCUUUCUCUUUUCUUUUUCUUUGCCUCCCCAUCUCCCUUAAAAGAAGCACAAGGAGAAAAUAACUAAAGGGAAGCCCAAAUUUCCUCCGCUCUCAGUAACUUCUCUAUUUAAAUCUGGCCUUGUAGUACAGGUUAGAUUAAAUAGUAAAAGACUGCAUUUGUUCACUCUAUUCUUUCUUGAAUGGGUAUCUGGCGCUGUCAGUCCAAAGGAAGCUGGGGUCCGAUGGACCCUGAAUGCCCUGCAGAUUUCACUCCCUGUUUUGAAGAUAGUGUUCUGAAGGCUCUGCCACUUAUUUUCCUACUCUUAGUGGGCAUUCCAAGGCUGAUCAUACUCUUGAAGCGAGAUAGCUUGAGCUACCCUUGUAAAACAGUGGCACACAAGAUCAAGCUGGUGUCUAUUCACUUGUUGAUUUUCCUCUCCUUCGCCGUGCUCAUUCUUCAACAAUAUCUCUUCUUCGCUGACCCAUCGCUACGUCAUACCCCAGAUGUGCAGCAGCAACAACAACAGGAACAACAGCAAUACCAACAGACCUUUGGUAGUCAUAGUAACGAUAGUAACACUGUUGGAAUUGAAUUCUUGGUCUCACUGACUGAAUUAUUGGGAUUGAAUUUCGCCCUUGUCUUAACUGUACAAGAAAACAAACGAUCCUUUUUGGCAUCCAACACACUCCUAAUCUUUUGGCUCCUUAGUUCUUUGGUCUCUGCUAUCAAACUUCACACUCUUGCCUCUAGCUGUCCUGGUGGUGACAACAAUGGGAUCAACAGCAAUGGAGGAUUCUUUAACUUUGCUGUGUUUAAAGGAAAUGAUCAUUCAGAGAUAUCAUGGUCAUCCCUGAUAGUUGAACAAGUGAUUGUUUCUACAAGACUGAUUCUUGCUCUACUCGUAUUCGCGUUGGAGUGUAUCAGAAAGGAUACAAGGAUUCAACUUGGAGAUGAGAGCGAACUUGAAACCUGUCCGGAAGAAGAAGCCAACAUUUUCUCACAUAUUUCUUUCCAUUGGGUAACAGAUCUGAUGCGUAAAGGAUAUAUAAAACCGCUAACUAUGGACGACCUCUGGGGACUACGCAGGAAAGACCGCUCCCAACAUGUCUCAAGAACAUUUGUUGAGAUUUGGGGAAAGGAGAUCAAGAAAAAAAAACCUAGCCUCCCAUGGGCGCUGACUAAAGCAUUCGGCGGACCUUUUUUUGUUGGCGGCGUGUUGAAGCUCAUCAGUGAUUGCUUAAGUUUUGUUCAACCUUUGCUUUUACGUGAAAUGUUGCGGUUUGUGAUCAGUUACAAGACUGAUACCCCCCAGCCUCUCUAUCGUGGAUAUUACAUCGCUGGAGCCAUGUUCUGUUGCGGUCUGCUCCAGUCGGCAGUUACGAGCCAGUACUUCCACCAGUGUAUCCGCACCGGAAUGCAUUUUCGCACGGCAAUGGUCACAGCUCUAUAUCAAAAGUCAAUGCGUCUGUCUAAUUCCGCUAGACACGAGUCUACAGUGGGGGAGAUUGUGAACCACAUGUCAAUUGACGCACAGCGCAUCCAGGAUCUUAUUUCCUAUCUUCAUGUCCUCUGGUCUGGUAUCUUCCAAAUCAGUGUGACCCUCUAUCUGCUUUACUUGACCUUGGGCUGGGCCACCUUUGCAGGAUUAGGUGUGAUGAUCUUAAUGAUCCCUCUGAAUGCUCGCCUAGGUAUCAUUCAACAACGGUUUCAGGAGAAACACAUGACGUACAAGGAUAGCCGUAUCAAACUUAUGAACGAGCUCUUGAACGGAAUUCGAGUCAUAAAGUUGUAUGCUUGGGAAGGCACCUUCUUACAAAAGAUUCUCUCAGUCCGAAAUGACCAAGAGCUGAGGAUCAUGAAAAAACUGGGCUAUAUUUCGGCGAUUCAAAUGUUCACCUGGGCUUCGACCCCAGUCUUGGUCAGUUUGCUCAACUUUGCCGUCUAUACAAUGGUCAUGAAGAAGACCCUCACUACCGAUAUCUUGUUCGCGGCUAUCGCCUUGUUUAAUUUAUUGCAAUUCCCGUUGUCCGCCUUGCCAUGGGUUAUCAGCUCUGUUGUUGAUGCACGAGUGUCUUUCAUUCGUGUCCAAAAAUUCUUACAAAGUGCAGAGGUGGACCCUGACGCUAUUAUUGUCGAGGAUCGCAGUCGCCAGUCCUCAUCAUCAAAUCAAGAUGCUGCUGACAAGUAUGCGCUUCUCGCCACAGACGCCUCUUACAGUUGGUAUAAGAGUUCACCUCCUGUCGUUUCCGGCAUCAACUUGGCUCUCAAACAAGAUUGCCUUCUCAGUGUCAUUGGUCGUGUUGGCUCAGGAAAGAGUUCGCUCAUUGCUGCGCUUUGUGGAGACCUGGAGCAUGUCGCUGGUGAGAUCCGUGUCCGGGGAUCUAUUGCCUUGGUUCCACAGCAAGCUUGGAUCAUGAACGACACUUUACGUGCCAAUAUCCUGUUUGGAGCUGCUUAUGACCCUGUGUAUUAUCAAAAGACCAUCGAGGCAUGUUGCCUUCAGCAGGAUUUCGAGAUGCUGUUAGGAGGAGACAUGACUGAGAUUGGAGAGCGCGGGAUCAACUUAUCGGGAGGACAAAAGGCCCGCAUCUCACUUGCACGUGCAGUGUAUGCACGAGCAGACAUCUAUCUGCUUGAUGAUCCUUUGUCGGCUGUGGAUGCACAUGUUGGUCGGACGAUCUUUGAUAAGGUAAUUGGGCCCAGAGGGUUGUUGGCAGGCAAGGUACGAGUAUUUGUGACACAUCAAAUACAGUACCUGGCUCAAUCGACCACAAUUCUAAUGUUGCGUGAAGGCAAAGUGGUGGAGCAAGGAAAUUUCCAAGAGCUCAUGAAUAAAAAGGCAGACGUUUUUCAGCUGAUCUCCGAGUUUGGGCGGGAUAAAGGUCAUCGCAACAAACAGCAAGGGGCAAUUGACGGCUCAAGUGAGGUGGAAAAUGAGAAUGACGUUGUAACUGCCACUGCCACACCAUCUUCCACUCGUCGUGGAAGCAUAUCCAGCAUUCGUAGCUCUAGAACAGCGCGCAGAUCUUCCACUGAAUCCAGCAGAGAUGGUGCCAAUGUGAGAAAAGGUGCUGAAGUUGAUAAAGAUAAAAAAAAUAACAUUAUUGUGGAGGAGGAGAUGAAGCAAGGUAGCGUCCACAGAGUCGUUUACUGGGCUUACGCCAAGGCAUGUUCUUUCACUGGAGUGCUUUUCUAUAUCAUCUCCAUGGUAUGCUCUCAAUCUACCCAGAUUGGCAUGUCUCUCUGGUUGACGUACUGGAGUCGACAAUAUGACGCCAGCAAAGGUGGUGAUGACAGUAAACCUCCGCCAGAGGCUCAUGAUGCUUUGUUCUAUAUUGGAGUCUAUGCGUUCUUGGGCCUGACUUAUACCCUCCUAACAGUUUUCCAGACCAUCAUCCUUCAAGUCUACUGUGCUAUUCGAGCCUCACGCGUCUUGCACGAAAAGAUGUUCCGGAGCGUCUUGCGAUCUCCCAUGAGCUUUUUCGACACAACGCCUUUGGGGCGAAUCUUGAAUCGGUUCAGCAAGGAUCAAUCAACUAUUGACGAGGUCUUGCCUCGAUCCUUCUGGAGCUUUGCUCAUAAUGUGUUUGGAGUAAUGACGAUCUUGACAGUGAUCCUAUUCUCAACUCCAGCCUUAAUUAUUGUGAUUAUCCCAUUUACUUUAUUUUAUGUGUGGUUGCAACGUUACUUCUUGGCAACAUCACGAGAGCUCAGAAGGCUGGAUUCUGUGUCUCGAUCACCCAUAUUUGCUCACUUCCAAGAGACGUUGGGCGGCAUCAGUACAAUUCGUGCAUACCGACAGCAGGAUCGGUUUAUCCAUGGCAAUGAGUCUCGCUUAGACAAGAACUUGAGGGCAUUUUACCCGAGCGCUGCUGGCAACCGCUGGCUUGCAUUCCGUUUAGAGUGCCUGAGUUCAGUAAUUAUCUUUGGAUCUGCAUUCUUGUCAGUUGUGUCAUUGUCCAAACACCUUCCCGUGGAUCCUGGUCUUGUGGGUCUCUCACUGACAUAUGCGUUGAAUAUUACUCAGACUUUGAACUGGAUGAUCAGAAUGUACACUGAAGUUGAGACCAACAUUGUGGCAGUCGAGCGUUUGCAGGAGUACGUGAACCUCCCUUCAGAAGCUCCAGAAAUUAUUGAAGAUCAUCGCCCACCUCAGGAGUGGCCAGACCAUGGUCAGAUUGAAUUUAAGGACUAUGAGACUCGUUAUCGCCCUGGCCUUGAGUUGGUCCUCCGAGGCGUCAACUGCUUGAUUCGACCGCGUGAAAAGAUCGGAAUUUGUGGCCGCACAGGUGCUGGUAAAUCUAGCUUGACAUUGUCGCUCUUCAGAAUCAUUGAGGCUGUCAAGGGUCAGAUCUUUGUGGAUGGCAUUGAUAUCUCGACUUUAGGACUAUAUGAUGUCCGAUCUCGAUUCUCGAUCAUUCCUCAAGAUCCUGUUCUGUUCGCUGGUACUAUCCGUUUCAACCUGGAUCCGCUCGGUACGAAAUCUGAUUUGGAGCUUUGGCAAGCUUUGGAAGAUUCAUACCUUAAGGAUUAUGUAAUGACUAUGGAGGGAGGAUUAAAUGCGAUGGUUUUGGAAGGAGGUGAUAACUUCUCAGUGGGACAACGCCAAUUAAUAUGCCUCGCACGUGCACUGCUCCGUAAGACCAGCGUCUUAGUUCUUGAUGAGGCCACAGCAGCGAUUGAUCUUGAGACCGAUGCCUUAGUCCAAGCAAUUAUCCGACAGAAGCUCAAGGACUGUACAAUUUUGACGAUUGCUCAUCGAAUCGACACAGUGAUGGAUAGUGAUCGAAUCAUGGUUUUGGAUCAAGGACGAGUAGCCGAAUUUGAUUCUCCAAAGAAAUUGUUGGAGAAUCCACAAUCAAUGUUCUACUCCUUGGCCAGAGAGUCGGGUAACCAUUAGCUUCCUUUUUUUUUUUUCUUGGAACGAGGAUUAAGAGAGAGAUGUGGAGCUGGGACGUGGAGAAGUAUCUAUAGCGUGAUUUGUUUUGCUUUUUCAUUUUGACCUCCUUUCUUAAGCUAGCUCUCC